AUGACCCCGAAGGCCUCAAUCGGUCUAGACACCCCACAGCAGCAAGACUACACCUAUCGCCGACCUCGUUUUCUGCCCCAUGUACAGUGGGAGCAGUUUGUCGCGGGCUUGGCCGGCGGAGCGACGAGUACGUUGGUUUUGCACCCUUUAGAUCUGGCCAAGAUUCGCCUUCAAGUCAACGAAGGCACCGGUGCAGUCGCUGCCCGCCCGCGAAGUACUCGUUUGAUCGGCACCUUAAGCGAAGUAUAUAAAGCUCGCGGUCCUCUUGGCCUAUAUCAAGGCAUCACACCCAACCUCCUAGGAGCGGCAUCUGCAUGGGGCCUCUACUUUUUUAUUUAUGGGGCCAUAAAGGACCAUGCUCAGCAGGGGGACUCCUCGCGUAAGCUGAACAAGUUGGAAUAUCUCGGAUACGCUUACCUUUCGGGAUGUAUUGUGUUGUCUUUGGCAAAUCCGCUCUGGGUAGUGAAGACGAGGAUGUGUCUGCAAUAUGAAACCUUAGCUAAUCAACGAGUUCCUACUCUGACUACCUGGGGCCACCUGGUCUCGUUAUGGCGACUAGAGGGUGUAAAGGGCCUGUAUCGUGGUUUCGUCCCGGCUCUCAUGGGCAAGAGCAACCUGGCUAUUCAAUUUCUUCUCUACGAGGAGAUGCGCAACUAUUAUAACGGAACCUACUUCCAGCGGCCCAUUGAUACUCACCUGGCUAUUGCCGUCGCGGCAGCCUUUCCGUUUCAACUCUUGAGAUCACGCCUUCAGGAACAGCAUCGGAGUUACGCCGGUAUCGUGGAUGUCAUAACUUCUAUAUGGAGACUUUAUGUUGAAUGGCAGUAUCAAUCGUCAUGGUUCUGCCUCAGGCUCUCAACUCCUGGCGAGGAGAACGGAGCUAAUCUCGUCAAAAGCUAG